AUGGGAAUCUCGCGCGAUUCCCGUCACAAGCACUACAAGACCGGAGGUCGCAGCAAUGUCUCCAUCAAGAAGCGAAAGUAUGAGAUGGGCCGGCCAGCCACUCCCUGCAAGCUGGGGAACAAGCGUGUGCGCGUGGUGCGCUGCCGCGGCGGCAACAAGAAGUACCGGGCGCUGAGGCUGGAUACGGGCAAUUACGCGUGGGGCUCCGAGAAUGUCACCAAGAAAGUGAGGAUCUUGGACGUUGUGUACAACGCAACAAGCAACGAGUUGGUGCGAACCAAGACGCUGCUGAAGAACACCAUUGUGCAGAUUGAUGCCCACCCGUUCAUGCAGUGGUACCUGAAGAAGUAUGGCAUGGACCUGGGCAAGAAGAAGAAGGGUGCGGAUAAGAAAGAGGAGAAAAAGGAGGAGGCACCUGAGGAGCACAAGAGCCGACACGUCCUCGCAAAGCAGAAGGCCCGCGCUGCCAACCAGAAGCUAGACCUGAAUCUGGAGGAGCAGUUCCAGAGCGGACGACUGUUAGCAUGCAUUGCCUCUCGUCCUGGCCAGUGUGGCCGCGCGGAUGGCUACGUUCUUGAGGGCGAGGAGCUGAGCUUCUACAGGCGUAAGCUCGAGAAGAAGAAGAAGAACUGA